AGAGUAGCUGAAAUCUUGGCUCCUGGGUAGUCAGUUUUUUGGGAUAAGAAGACGCGAAGCUGGAACGCGCAAGCGCAGAUUUCAAUUCAAUCCGCUCCGCGACACGCCGUGAAUGUGUUUUUCGCGCUCUCUGAAACUAGACGACGACCGUUUUCCACGGAAUCUCUCUUUUUAUUGGACUAAUCGAUUUAAUUCACCGACGACGAGUUUGCUACGAAUAGAGAAAUCGUGAACGCCGAAGCCCCAUAAUUGCCAGCGCGAGAUGACUGAUAAAACUGAAAGGAAUAGUACCAAGUUGAACCUGGAAGCGCAGAGAUUGUCCGCUUCCGAUUCCCCAUUCCCCAAGGAGACCUACAAGACCAUUCCGGAUUUAGAUCACCAUCAAAAGGCUGAGAAGAAACUCGAAGACGGUCUGUGUGAUCUUUUGUCACAUUGUGUCUUUUGCAUGGUGAUAAGCGACGCAGUGAAAAAUUCAAACAUGGUACGCGAGAAGGUUGACAUGUCUGAGGAGGGGGCCGAUGAGAAGAUGCUUGGCGCCGGUGAGGAGGAACAGCAGAAUCUGGCAAAGAAGGAGGAAGUUAAAUUCAUCAGUGGCGAUCAACAGAAUGGCGAUGCAAAGAUCGAUAUUGGAGCCAUUGACAAGACAUUCACGGGAUUGACAAAGGAGGAACUCAUGAAGUACGCCAAUGAUCCCUUCUGGAUUCGCUUGCGUUGGUUCCUCUUCAUUUGCUUCUGGGGCCUCUGGGCUGGGAUGCUUGUUGGAGCUGUUCUCAUUAUUAUUUAUGCACCAAAAUGUGCAGCUCCUGAGCCACUGUCAUGGUGGAAGCAGGGACCACUGGUGAAGAUUGAUACACCCACACCAGAUAAUAUUCAAAUUGAAGGCAUUAAGGGACUAGGCGUGAAGGGUGUCAUCUACGAAGUUCCCGCUGAUGAGACGUACAAUAUUGGAAGUGAUCCUGCUAUUUCUGAUGCACUGAAGAAGUUGGCGGCAUCUUUCGCUGCCUAUGGCAUUAAUUUAAUUGUUGAUCUCACUCCGAAUUUCGUUUCGCGUGGAGAUCCAUUGUUUCAGAAAGCUCUCAAUAAUCCUGAUGUAAGAAGUGCAUUUGUUACACGCGAAGGACACCAAGUUCCCAAUAAUUGGCUCUCAUUGGUCAAUGGAAGUGCAUGGACAAAUGAAGGGAAUCUCAUCUUUCUCCAGCAAUUUGGGCAUGAUCGCUUUGAUCUUCAACUCAAUGAUCCCGUUGCUCUGACAAAACUAAAGGGAGUCCUCAAGGAGGUGGUUUCUCUCGGAGCUAAAGGCAUUCGUCUGGCCAAUACGAAGCACUUUAUUGUUGAUCGAGAACUUAAGGACAAUGUACCAUCGAAUAAUCCAAACUACGAUCAUACCCAGUAUGGUUUCUGGACGCACGCUCAUACCACAUAUCAAGAUGGAUUGGGUGAUCUCCUGUAUGAUUUAAAGGCGUACGUUCACAAUAUUACAAACUCCGAAGGUUUUCUAGCAGCAUCCGAUGACAUUGAUCGUCCGGAAGUUUAUAUGUCGUCCAAAGGAGUACAAUCUCUCGAUAUGAUUCAGCUUGGACGAGUAACCAAUCUUCUGGCCAAUAGUACCAGUGCUGAUCAUAUCUACAGGGAGCUACAGAAUGUGUGGAAGAGUACAGUUGAAACAGGGAAGCAUUUCUGGCUUCAAUGGAACUAUGUGAAGCAGGAACUUCUGCAACAAAUCACAAUUUCCGAAUACAACAUCUUCCUCCAGCUCAUCCCUGGUGUUCCAGUGUUCAAUGUAGAUGCUUCCAAAGCAAAGGCGGAGGACUACUCUACGGAGGCAUUCCACAAAAUCCGCACUUCACCAUCCUACAUGCACGGGAGCUUUGAUCUCUAUCGAGAUGUCAACAGCACCGUUAUUGGCUAUUCCAGGACAAAGUCCGGAAAUCCAGGCUUCUUUGUAGUGUUCAAUCCCACUGAGCAGUACGUGAAUGCCAACUUUUCCAAUGUUGUUGGGAUAGCUGAGGAAUUGACUGUGCACACUCUCAGUACCAAUUACAAUGCCACAGAUGUGGCUGUAAAGGGAAAGGUGUCCAGUUCAUCAAUUCCUGUUUCCAGAUACUCUGCCAUAAUCCUAACAUACGUCCCAAAAGCUUAAAAAGAAGAAUAAUGCUUACCAAGAUGUAUUCCACGUGUUGAUGGCAUCCGAAUGCAAAUUCAUUUUUUUAUUGAUUGCAUCGGAAUUUUAAAGUUUUGCUUCAAUAUCUUUUUGAUUUGCACAAAUUCAGUAGAAUAAAAAAUUAUCAUUUUGAGCGCAA